CAAAAAAAAGGCAUAGCUAAGGUGGCACGAGAACAGCUUCCCGUUCGGACUUGGGAGUAUUGACAUGUUGUCUAAGGACGCCAUUUCUUCACCAACAAAUUAUACAUUUCGUUUUUUUCUUUUCAUAUAACUUGUUGCCUUGUUGGUGCAUAAAAUACAAAUUCGUAGGAUGUCAGCUGAUCCCACGUACGUUUUUAUGAGUAGGCUGCCAAAUCUUAAAUAUUGCAAGAUAUCGACGCGUGCAGAACAUUUUUUUUGAGGACUAGACUACGUUACGUUUUUAAGUACGUUUUUAUCGACUACGUUACAUAUGAGGAAGUAAAUUCCAAACUUAGGCUGUAACAGAGUUUAUUAAUGUGUCCAUACUCCAAAGAGCUGUAUUAAUAUUGCCAAUACCAUUUUAUUUUAUUUGCGUGAGUCAGCCAUUAAUUAUCAUUUAUGUGUGAAUUAUAUCUUGAUUAGUUGGAUGUGAAUUAAUAUAAAUCAUUGCAAAAUGUCAUGUCUAGUCCGAUAAUUGUAACACAACUAGUCCUAUAAUAGUAUCCACGCCUUUAAAGGUUGUUUAUAAUUCUUUGUAAACGUUAUAGGCGUGAUUGUGUAAAGUAUUAUUAUACCACAGUUUGUAUUAUUCUAUUGGAUGUAUCUCAGAUUUCAAUAAGUCCAGUCAGAACAGUCUAAUACCAACAGCUUCCAUGCAUUAUAGCCUUAACUUUUUAAAAAGACCUUUAACAUGUAAAUCAUUUACUAUGAAACAUGCUUUAAACAAUUAUAAACCAAAGAAAUAUAUAGCACUGCUUUUGAUUAAUGAAUAAAAGAAUAAGCAUCGCCAAAACAUGUGCAAGUUACACAUAUUUAUUAGGGGAAAACUAUUCACGUUGCUUAAAAUUUGCAUAUGAGAGUAGCAGUUUGAUGUUUAAAAAAGUUGAAUAUUUUUCGGAAUGGUGAUAAAAUUAUUAACUAGGCGGGAACGAGCUUCCAACGAUUAAAAUCAAUAAAAUAACUGUAAAAUGAAGGUUGUUUGAUUAAAACAGAUGGCUAAAUAUAAAUAUAAGUGGUAAUAGUUAAAAUAUAGAGCGUUUAUGAAGUUUUUUACUUUUCUAACGCAAAAAAAAAACGAAACGAGAAACUAAUUCUCAUAUGAGACUUAUUUGUUUCUUAAACAAACAUUUAGAUAAACUAAACUUAAGAUCCUAUGAUUUGUAUUGUUAAUUACAUAAGAUGAUACAACGUUAGUUAUUUUAGAUAGUGAAACUUUUGUGAAAAGAGAGGACAGUCAUCUUCUUUGAAACAUGUAUGCUAUUUUAUAAAACGUGGAAAUCAAAAUAAAAUGCAUUAUCCAUUUAAUUUCGUAGAUAGGAAUCUAUUGGGGACCGGGAGGAGAUCGUUGACACGGUGUAAUUAGAUUGUUUAUAGGGCAAACAAGUUCAACGGCCACAAAUGGUCAACUUUUCAUGAUGAACAUGAUGUCUCCAUUGAGCGGGUAAUCUAACGGUCCAAAGUGAAAACUUAACUCGUGCUCCAUCGUCCCCUCUAUAUAUAAACCUCUGCUCAAUUACUCUCUCCUCGGAAGAGAAAGCUGUCAAAGAAGUUUUCAUUUAAUGGCGGAAGAGAAGAGCUUCAACUUCAAGUACGUAAUCUUCGGAGCUGAUGUAUCUGCCGGUUAUGCGGCUAGAGAAUUUGCCAGGCAGGGCCUGAAGCAUGGCGAACUAGCAAUUAUAUCCAAUGAACCAGCAAGUAACAAAAUAUUUGGACUUGGAGAUACUGACUUAGAGUGUAUUGAAUUGAUUCUAAGCACAGAGAUCAUCAAAGCAGAUCUUUCCACGAAGAGUCUUUUCAGUACUGAUGGAACAAUCUUCAAAUACCAAACUAUGAUAGUUGCAACUGGCUCUACCUGUGUAAGAUUGUCAGAAUGUGGUUUCCAAGAUACAAAUGCUAAAAAUGUCUUCUACCUAAGAGAUAUCAAGGAUGUUGAUCAGCUCACAUUGACAAUGGAAACAAAGAAGAAGAGAAAGGUGGUGGUUAUUGGCGGCGGAUACAGAGGAUUUGAAGUCAGUGCUUCACUAACGGUUAACAACUAUGAGGUCACCAUGGUUUUUCCAGAACCUUGGAUUAUGCAUUGGCUUUUCAGCGCUGAGAUCGCUUCUUUCUACGAGGGUUACUAUGCUAACAAGGGAAUAAAGAUCAUCAAGAGUACUAAAGCCACUGGAUUCAUUACCAACUCAAACGGUGAGGUGACAGAAGUGAAACUAGAUGAUAGUAGAACCAUAGAAGCUGACAUGGUGAUUGUGGACAUUGGUGGUAGACCGAUGAUAUCGCUUUUCAAAGGUCAAGUAGAAGAGGAGAAGGGUGGGAUAAAGACUGAUGGGUUCUUCAAAACAAGUGUAACCAGUGUAUACGCCAUUGGAGAUGUCGCUACAUUCCCUAUGAAACUCUAUGGCGACAUGAGACGUGUAGAACACGUUAACCAUGCUUUCAAAUCCGCUGAACAGGCCGUCAUGGCAAUCAAGGCGGCAGAGGAAGGGAGAUCAAUCCAAGAGUAUGAGUAUCUACCUUUCUUCAACUCUCGAGCCUUUGAUCUCUCGUGGCAAUUCUAUGGAGACAACGUUGGACAAUCUGUAAUAUUUGGAGACAACGAUCCGAACUCUCCAAAGGCAAAGUUUGGGACUUAUUGGGUUAAAGAUGGGAAAGUGGUGGGAGCAUUUCUGGAAGGAGGAGUUGUGGAAGAGAACAAGGCAAUUGCUAGAGUUGCAAGGACACAACCUUCAGUUGGUAGCCUUGAGGUGUUGUCCAACGUUGGAGAGUUGCUUAUUGGAUCAAGGGUCAAUAGAAAUAGGGUCUUAGUUUCCUGCCAUGUUAAAUAACAUAUAUGUUUCUAUAAGAGUAUUAAUAUUCUUGUUUGACCA